GAGAACAUCUCCAUCAUGAGCUUCAAUGGAAAGUUUGAACUCCAGUCCCAGGAAAAUUUUGAGCCUUUCAUGAAAGCCCUUGGUCUUUCUGAUGAAUUGAUCCAAAAGGGCAAGGACAUCAAGAGCAUCUCAGAAAUUGUACAGAAUGGCAAAAAGUUCAAGGUCACCGUGACAACCGGCAGCAAAGUGCUGAUCAAUGAGUUCACUAUUGGAGAGGAGGCCGAGCUGGAGAGCCCAACUGGAGAGAAAGUCAAGGCUGUUGUUCAAAUGGAAGGUGACAAUAAACUGGUCACGAACUUGAGCAAAAUCAAAUCCAUCACUGAAAUAAAGGGAGACAUAGUCACCAAUACAAUGACCCUGGGAGACAUCAGCUACACGCGAAUCAGCAAGAGAAUCUAGCUAUCCUGUGCAUUUCCUAUAGUGUGUAAAGUGUGCCCAAUAAAGUACAGUUUGUAUUAAAGCACCUUUGUUGUUAUUAAUUAUUAUUAUUAUUUUAUUAUUAGCAUCCUCCUUGUCAUUUGGUGGCAAUGCUGUGAUUCACAGAUGCCUAUUGUAAGAGCUGUAUUGGCCGCAGUUUCUAUCCAUUUUCCUAGUGAACAGCUAUCCAUAUCACAAAAGCCACCACCACAAUUGGCACAAACUGGCUAGCAAGUUCUACACAGAGGGCACAGUAUGAAUGGGCUAUAGCGACUGUACUACCCUCUGUGCCACAGAUGUGGUUCCUCCGGGUCAGCGUUGAGACCCACUGCUGCUGCCCAUGCUGUAUUUGUUCAGUUGCUAAACACAGGCAUCACAUUGUUGGUUCAUAUUCAAUUUGUGAGCCGCCAGAACCCCCAGAUACUGCAGUACUACCACCGAGCCAGAUAGUCCCAUUUUGUAGUUGCACAGCUGAUUUUUUCCUUCCUAAGGACUUUGCAUUUCUCUUUAUUGAAUUUCAUCUGGUUGACUGCAGACCAAUUCUCCCAUUCAUCUAGGUCAUUUUGAAUUUUAGCCUCAGGGCGGGAGGGGCGGGGGGA